AUGACUUCAAAACCGGCUGAAUAUGCCUCGUUUUUAAUUCAAGCGUCUGACUAUGUACUCUCUGAUAGGCAUAGGAGGGGGCGAGUGCAGCGUGUCCCGACAGACAAGUCUGCAUCGACGGGGGACACGUCCGAUCUCAUGGAAAUGUCCGCGCCGACAAGCGACAUUUCUAAGAAUGCCGCCGUCGACGAACUUCGGGGGGUCUCAAAACAGUCGUACCAAACAAUUCAGCCUCCACGGCCAUCCACAGGCACUGAUGCAUCGCCCUCAGAGGUGCCUGGAAGUAACGUCGAGACAUCCGAUGGCACAAGUCUUCCGGGUAGCGUUACGCCAGCCCAGGAAUGCGACGAAGGUUACAACGGAGCAGCCUAUACCGAUGCUAUGAAUAACCGCCGGGCGCAGUCCGCCCUGCCGCUCUAUCUUGGGGAGCCACACGUCCUGAGCUUUGUGAUGGAUGUCUGUCAGUCAGAGCAUCAGCAUCACUACCUGGUUCCUCGUGCUGCUGCACGUGCUCUACCCCCCGAUGACUUGGCCUUUCUGAAAGCGAAAGGCUGUUUCUCAUUACCAGUCUCGAGUGUCUCUAACAAGCUCUUGCAACACUACUUCCACUACGUGCACCCCUUCCUCCCUAUUGUGGAUGCACAUACCAUCCUCACUCAGUAUCACCAAAAGUCCGCGCAGCAAGUGCACCUACUUCUAUUAUGGAGUAUGCUUUUUGCGGCGGCUAGUUUUGCGGACCCCGAGCUUGUGCGUGAAGCUGGCUAUACGUCACGCAAAGCAAUGAAGCAUGAUCUAUACCAGCGAGCCAAGUCACUGUACAAUUUCGAGUAUGAGACCGACAAGACUAUCUUGAUCCAGUCCACCAUUCUUCUCGCAUAUUGGUUCAACGACUCCGAAGACCGCACAGGAAACUGGUACUGGAUUGGCAUCGCCAUCAGCCUCUGUCAUUCAAUUGGCAUACACCAAGAUACGCAGAAUCCGUCUUCCAGGACCUCAAGCUUACCACAGACACAGCAUGUUUUGUGGAGGCUCAUCUGGUGGUCCUGUUACUUUCGGGAGACGUGGAUCUCGUUUGGGAUGGGACGGCCUAUGCGCAUCCAUCUCCAGGAUUGUAACGUUCCCAUGCCUAGUGUCGACGACAUCAUGCUACUUUGUGGAAAGAACGAUACCCCUCAGGCGCGGUUCUAUCUACCUAACGGAACUCGAGCCCUUGCCCGCUGCUGGCUCAAGAUAUUACAUCUGAGUGCUACCCUGGACUGCAUUCACCUAACACAUUAUAAGCCAAAUCGAGCCAAGGCUUCUACGAGCGAAAUUCUAAACGAUCGAGAAAGGGUUCAGAAGUGCUCACAGAUGUCUCUGGAAGGGGUGGCCGAUGACGAAGACCCGGUGGUGCAGCUCGUGUCUUAUCAAGUACAAGUCAUUGAGCAUUCCGUCUAUAUAGCAUUGUACCGGCCGUACCUCUUCGCCUCUCCUUCCGACCUGACGCCGGAUCAGUUCAAGGUGUGGCGUCCGACAAUCCUGAACAAGAUCUAUACCGCCGCAUCCGCAGUGACUAUGAUCUUGACAAACCUCAGUCAAGCCGGUCUUGUGGACCGUGCUCACUCUAUCUUGGUUACGGCGAUUGUCCCCGCCAUGCAGAUGCAUUUGUACGGUUCUGUAUCUUCACAAGGGCUGGGAAAACAGAUGAGCGCCUAUCAACUGGAGGUCUGUAUGACCAUCAUGGCCGAAAUGGGCAAAACAUUCUGGCACGCCAGCAUGACCCACAAAAUCUUUUGCGAGGCGGUUCGCAAAUUGAAGGACAAGGCCAGCUGCAGUUCCGGCACCGUCCGGCAGCACGGCGGGCCGAUGAGCUCCUCGAUGCAAGACCAGGAGCCUUCAACGUCCGUCUCAGUCGAAGACGUCUUUUGCGAACGCCACAAUCAGUCAACAGAUCCCUCGGACACCGAGAUUAUUUCACUCUUCACCGAGGACUUUUUGUUUCCCCCUGACGAUGGCAUGUCAUCCAUGGCCUUUCAAGAGUCGGUAUGCCAGUAA